UUGGACAGACACCACUUUUUGUUUAUAUUGGAGAGUGCCACAGAACCAAUUGCCUUCUCCGUUUACGGUUCCAUUCAGACCGUCGCCGGAAACAACGCUCCGCCAUGAGCGCCACCACCCCAGCCCUCUCCACCGUCACCGACGCCAAGUUUCAUUCUCGUUUUAAGCCAUCAUCUCGUUUUCCUCCUUUUCUUCAUUUUCGCACUCUUCACUCCAAACAAUUUUCUUCAGUCAGAUGCCAAUCGAUUAAUACCGAUAAGAAGAAAUCAAGUAGAAAUGUCCUUGACAAUGCAAGUAACCUCCUUACAGAAUUUUUAAGUGGUGGAAGUAUAGGGUCUAUGCCCGUAGCUGAAGGGGCAGUAACAGAUCUGUUUGAUCGACCUCUCUUUUUCUCACUAUAUGAUUGGUUCUUGGAGCAUGGCGGAGUGUAUAAACUUGCCUUUGGACCAAAAGCAUUUGUUGUUGUAUCAGAUCCCAUAGUUGCUAGACAUAUUCUGCGAGAAAAUGCAUUUUCUUAUGACAAGGGAGUACUUGCUGAUAUCCUAGAACCAAUAAUGGGCAAAGGACUCAUACCAGCAGACCUUGAUACUUGGAAGCAAAGGAGAAGAGUCAUUGCUCCGGCUUUCCAUAACUCCUACUUGGAAGCUAUGGUCAAAAUAUUCACAGCUUGUUCAGAAAGAACAAUAUUGAAGGUUAAUAAGCUUCUCGAAGGAGACGGUUAUGGUGGACCUAAGUCAGCUGAAUUGGAUCUUGAGGCAGAGUUUUCUAGUUUGGCUCUUGAUAUUAUUGGUCUUGGUGUGUUCAACUAUGACUUUGGUUCUGUCACCAAAGAAUCUCCUGUUAUUAAGGCAGUCUACGGCACUCUUUUUGAAGCUGAACACAGAUCAACUUUCUACAUUCCAUAUUGGAAAAUUCCAUUGGCAAGGUGGAUAGUCCCAAGGCAAAGAAAGUUUCAUGAUGACCUAAAGAUCAUCAAUACAUGUCUGGACGAACUUAUUAAAAAUGCAAAAGAAAGCCGACAGGAGACAGAUGUUGAGAAAUUACAGCAGAGAGAUUACUUAAAUUUGAAGGAUGCAAGUCUUUUGCGUUUCUUGGUUGAUAUGCGAGGAGCUGAUGUUGAUGAUCGUCAGUUGAGGGAUGAUUUAAUGACAAUGCUUGUGGCUGGUCAUGAAACAACGGCUGCAGUUCUUACGUGGGCAGUUUUCCUCCUAGCUCAAAAUCCUAGCAAAAUGAAAAAGGCUCAAGCAGAGGUAGAUUUGGUGCUGGGUACAGAGAGGCCAACUUAUGAAUCACUUAAAAAACUGCAGUAUAUUAGAUUGAUUAUUGUGGAGGCUCUCCGUUUAUACCCACAACCACCUUUGCUGAUUAGACGAACACUCAAAUCUGACGUUUUACCAGGAGGGUACAAAGGUGAUGAAGAUGGUUAUGCAAUUCCUGCCGGCACCGAUCUCUUCAUUUCUGUAUAUAAUCUCCACAGAUCUCCAUAUUUUUGGGAUCGCCCUCAUGAGUUCGAACCCGAGAGAUUUCUAGUGCAAAACAAGAAUGAAGAAAUUGAAGGAUGGUCCGGUUUUGAUCCAUCUCGAAGUCCUGGAGCCUUGUAUCCGAACGAGAUUAUAUCGGAUUUUGCCUUCUUGCCUUUUGGUGGCGGACCACGAAAAUGUGUCGGAGACCAAUUUGCUUUGAUGGAAUCCACUGUAGCGUUGACUAUGCUGCUCCAGAAUUUUGAUGUGGAACUGAAGGGAACCCCUGAAUCGGUGGAACUAGUUACUGGGGCAACCAUCCAUACCAAAAACGGACUCUGGUGCAAAUUGAAGAAGAGAUCUAAUUUACAUUGACAUAUAGAUGCUGUACAUUUUUCUUAUUCAGAAUAAUGUACCGAAUUUGGGACAGCUGAAACAAUUUCAGCUGUUUUGUGAGGAAAUAAGUUAUUUGAGAAAUAAUUUUUGUUUGAGGAGUAUGCCGGAAAGCAUUUUAAGAAAAGAAAAAGAUUUUACUGCUUGA